CGUAUUCUUAUGAAUUAUUCAUACACACUUGAUGAUUUUAAAGAGGAACCUUUGUAUCGAGAUCGCAAAGAUUGGGAAGAUGUUAGACCACUUUCCCAAAAUACAGAUGAUAUUAAUGUAGUUUCUAUUCAAUAUUCAGAAAAAUUUAAAGAUGCAUAUGAUUAUUUAAGAGCUCUAUUGGUUAAAAAUGAAAUUAGUAAAAGGUCAUUAUAUUUAACUAGAGAUUGUGUGUUACUGAAUCCUGCUAAUUAUACCGUUUGGCAUUAUAGAAGGAAAUUGUUAAUUGGAUUAAAUGAGGACUGGGAAAAAGAAUUAGAGUUUACUGCAUAUUUAUUAGAAAAUAACAGUAAAAACUAUCAAUUAUGGCAUCACAGGAGCAUUGUUGUUCAGAAAUUAGAUGAUGCUUCUAAAGAAUUAAGCUUUACACAUCUAAUAUUUAGGGAUGAUCCAAAAAAUUAUCAUGCCUGGCAACAUCGGCAAUGGGUGAUUAAAAAUUUUAAUAUGUGGCAAGGUGAACUGGAAUACACUGCUCAAAUGAUCAAAGAUGAUGUUAGGAAUAAUUCAGCUUGGAAUCAUCGAUAUUUUGUUAUCAAGAAUACUACUGGGUUCUUAACCGACAUUCUCAUCAAGGAAAUUGAUUUCACCAAAAAUAUGAUAACAAAAGUUGUAGAGAAUGAAAGCUCGUGGAACUAUCUUAGAGGUAUAUUGUCUAAGCGGAGCGUAUCCAAGGAAUUUACUAACAUCAUAGAUUUCUGCAAUGAAAUGAGACUCAAGUCGAAUUCGCCCCACCUUCUGGCUUUUAUGCUCUACUAUUACGAAGAUCAAAUAACCAAGUCUAUUGGCCCAAAUACUUCGAUCAAUACCUCUAUCAUAUCGGAUAAGGCCGACAUUAUGAAGCAUAUUCUAAAUUUAUGCCAAAAAUUGGCGGACGAAUACGAUGUAAUUAGAAAAAACUAUUGGAAUUAUAUGGCUCAAGAAAUUCGGCUAAAAUAUAAUUAAGAAUUAUAAUAAUAUAUAGAUUUGACUAUACGCGUUUAUAUUUGUUUAUUUGAAGAACAUAUUUUUUUAUAAAUUAAUUUUGGUUUCAACUGGUCUUAUUUGCUUAGUUAUUUUGAUGUUUAUAAAGGCAAGCAAAUUUCUACAAAAUGGAUUUCUUAUAUGUUAAUCAUUUAUAAAAAUCAUUGUUUUGCAAAUUAUUUAUCAUACCUCUCCCCCUUCCAAAUA